AUGGAACCCAAGUCUGAUGAUAAAAACAAGAACAAGAAGAAGGGCAAGGAUGAUAAGUACGGCUCUGAAGUUACUACACCAGAGAAUAGUUCUUCUCCUGGAAUGAUGGACAUGCAUGAUGACAACAGUAAUCAGAGCUCCAUCGCUGACUCCUCCCCCUUAAAGCAAGAGACCAGUAACAACACUAGCCCCACCCCUGAACCUAUGGCAACAUCACAGAGUGACAGCAAUGAGGCCAAGAGUGAACAGUUUCCUAAUAAACAGUCUUUGUCUGGUCAGGACAGCAAGUCUGGACAAAAUCAUUCCUCGUCAGAUUCAACAACAUCCAAGCGGGAUGGCAAGUCACAGGGAGACCACGAACACUUUACAGAUUCCUCCAAAGCUGCUCAGGAUUUGGAAGAUGGUGCUCCUCCAAGCAAGAAAGGCAAAAUAGACUCUUCCUCUGAAGAAAACUAA